UGUUCGUUGGCCGCGUGCUGGUACGCUAUAUAUUAUGACUAAGCCGCGAUUCGAAAGUAAACACACUCUUAGACUCGCUCGUGGCGAAUUGUACCAUUAUGUUUCUUUUUAUUGAAUUCUCUCACUCUCCUCUCUGAUUGCAGAUCGGGACUAUGAUUUAGAGCUGCCCACCGCAACAAUGGAACAGUGGAACACGGGCGAUCUGGUCUGGUUCGACCCUGGGGUCGGCAAUUGGCUGCCCGGUGAAGUCCUCGAGAGCCACAAGAGCGCCAACGUGCUCACAGUUCAGGCCGUCAUCAAUGGAAAACCGCAGACGUUUGCCCUCACGGGCGGUGAGGGUUCGGUCAGAUCGAGGCAGGACUUGGGUCCUGGCGGGGUCGAGGACAUGACCCAGUUGUCGGACCUGCACGAGGCGGCGCUGCUGUGGAAUUUGAAAUUGCGCUACGACCGGAACUUCAUAUACACGUACGCCGGAAGUAUCCUAAUAGCGGUGAACCCGUACCGGAUGUUCGACGCCAGCUACGGCAUAGAGGCAGCAAAACGGUACAGGGGAAAGAUCAUAGGGGCGCUGCCGCCUCAUCUGUUUGCGUUGGGGGCGGCAGCGUACUCGGCUUUGCCCGCCCCCCAGGUGGUGGUCAUCAGCGGGGAGAGUGGAUCCGGUAAGACGGAAUCCACCAAGUUGGUUAUGCAGUACCUGGCGGCGGUAGCGCCGAGCGCGCCCCGCGGUCAGGCGCUCGUCACAGAGCAGAUCCUGGAGGCGGCGCCCCUCUUGGAGGCGUUCGGCAACGCUCGGACGACCAGGAACGACAACAGCUCCAGGUUCGGCAAGUACCUGGAGGUGUACUUCAAGGGCGGCGCGAUCGUCGGCGCCAGGAUGACGCAAUACCUUCUCGAGAAGUCGCGCAUUGUGACGCAAGCACCCGGUGAACGCAAUUACCACGUCUUUUACGAACUCCUCGGCGGUCUGGCCGCCAGCGAGAAACAAAAGUACGGGAUCGUCGAAGCCGACAAAUACUUUUAUCUGAAUCAGGGAGGUGGCGAGUGCAGUCCCGGCCACUCCGGAGCGGAUUGGGGCGCCCUCACCAGAGCUAUGCAGGUGCUGGGCGUCGGCGAGUCCGAGCAGGACGGGAUCGUCAAGAUCCUCGCCUCCGUUCUGCACUUGGGCAACGUUUACUUCCAUCGCAGGCAGCUGAGGCACGGCCAAGAGGGCGUCGAGGUCGGUUCCGAUGUCGAAAUCAAGUGGGCCGCUCAUCUUUUGCAAAUUUCCCCGACCGGUCUCCAGAGAGCACUGACCACUCGCAUCACGGAGGCUCGCGCUGAACGUGUUCACUCUCCGUUAAGCAUAGAUCAGGCCCUCGACGCCAGGGACGCCUUCGCCAAAGCGCUCUACUCGGCUCUGUUCAAUUGGUUGGUAACCAGAGUGAAUUCGAUUGUUCAAAGAGGCGGAUUACACGAUGCCGCCAGGAUCUCGCUGCUGGACAUCUUCGGCUUCGAGAAUCUGUCGGAGAACUCUUUCGAGCAGCUGUGCAUCAAUUUCGCGUCUGAAUCGCUGCAGCUGUACUUUAACAAAUACGUGUUUAAACUCGAGCAGCAGGAGUACGGCAAAGAGAGGUUGGAAUGGACCAAUUUGACGUGGUCCGAUAACACUCCGGUCAUCCAGCUCUUGGGCAAAAAACCGGUCGGAAUUUUGCAUCUUCUUGACGACGAGAGCAAUUUCCCCAGAGCUUCGGACGCCUCGUUCUUGGAGAAGUGUCACUAUAAUCAUGCACUCAAUGAGAACUACUGCAGACCUCGAGUAGGCGGUAGAGAAUUUGGCAUUCGUCAUUUUGCUGGACAAGUGUGGUACUCGGUGGAUGGAUUUCUGGACAAGAAUCGCGAUGCCCUGAGGCCCGAAGUCGUCGAAUUGCUCGCAUCAAGUAAAGAGCCUCUGGUAAGCGGCAUUGCGAAACCGCUACUCACGCAAGCCCAAACGAGGACGUUGCCCAGAGGCACGAACGGAAGAUUCGUGACGAUGAAACCACGAACGCCCACCGUCGCCGCCAGAUUCAGUGACAGUCUUCAGCAGCUGCUGGACUCGAUGUCCAAGUGCAAUCCGUGGUUCAUAAGGUGCAUCAAGCCGAACAACGAUAAAUCCCCGAUGCGCUUCGACAUGCCCGUCGUGUUGGAGCAGUUGCGCUACGCCGGUAUGUUGGACACAAUUAAGAUCAGGCAAUCCGGGUAUCCGGUGCGCAUGAAGUUCUUGCACUUCGUCGAGAGGUACAGGUAUCUGCUGCCAGGAAAGAUACCAAGGGGAGCGCCUCUGAGGGAUCUGUGCAGGGCCGUACUGGAGAACAGACCACCAACCGGAACCGCCGGCCCCGACUAUCAGCUGGGAGCAAGCAGAGUGUUCUUACGCGAGGCUCUCGAGAGACAGCUGGAAAUAGCGAGAGGAGAUCAGCUCAGAGAUGCCGCCGUUACUAUACAGAAACACAUGCGCGGUUAUCUGGCGCGCAGAAAGUUCCUUACUCUUAAGGACAGCUCGACCGUGAUUCAGAAGCAUUGGCGAGGAUACAAGCAAAGGCAGGAUUACAGGAAGAUGAAGACUGGUAUUGUCAGGGCUCAAGCCUUGCACAGGGGCAGGAUGGAGAGGAGGAGAUUCCAGAAGAGGAAGGCAGAGUUCAAGAGACGCGCGGAGGCUGAGAAGUUGGCCAAGGAGCGAGCUCGGCAAAGAGAGGAAAGAGAGCGCGAGCAGAGGGCGAUCAAAGCGCAGAGGGCGACAUCCGUCCACCAUUUGGAAAUACCCGCAGAGUUGGCAUUCAUCUUCUCUAAACUGGAAAGCAAUUACACCCCACCGCACACGGAGAGGAAUCUGGUGAAGGUCGUAGGUGGCGUGACCGGAGGACAACCGCAUCUACCGCUUCCGCACGAUCUGAACCAGUUCGAAUUCGCCAAAUUCACGUCCGUCUACUUCAAGGGUUCCGAUUUGGGCGUGAAGAAAGAACCCAUCCAGACUCCGUUCCUUUCGAAAGCAGCGGCCAGAGAUCAAGACUUCCAAGACGCGGUGGCUCUCUUCAAGUUGAUCUUGCGCUGGAGCAACGACUCGCAACUGUCCGGCGCCAGGGAACGUGCACUGGCCGACUACAUAGUACACAAGGGGCUGAGUUCUAGGGGUCUUCGAGAUGAACUUCUCGUGCAAUUGGUCAAUCAAACGUGGAAGAAUGAAAAUGCAGAUAGAGUUUGGCAAUUGAUGUCGCACUGUUUGAGCUGCUUCCAGCCAAGUCCGGCUCUCAAUAAAUAUCUAUUGAGAUAUGUGACGGAUCACGCGACACCCACGCACAAGGAAGUGUUGCAAAAGAAGUUGUUGAGGGGCAUUCAGAAAGCUCCACAUUCUAGGACUCUCCCACCGAGUUUGCUCGAAUGGCGAAGCGGAAAACAAAAAUCCAACAUGGCCUUACCUUUGACCCUCCCAGACGGAAACGUCGCUACGGUCAGCUCUGACUCUUGGACCACCUGCGAAGAGGCUGCCCUCUUAGCCGUGUCCUCUAUGGGUGUAUCAUCGGACGGUUGGAGUGUCGUCCUCGACGAUGCCGGUGCUUUAACUGACUGCUCUGGCCUUGACUACAUCUUCGAUUUGGUCUCUGAACUGGAACUGUGUCCCGCAUUCCCAGCAACUCGUUCGCAGCUGCUUAAAACCGGUGUGAAGAAUUAUUCACCCGUAGAGGUCGACCAUCACAUUGUGCGACCUCAAGUCCCACCACCCGAACCACCGACCGCACGCAAAGUCUCCACCUCGCCAAACCCAAUGACCUCGUCGCGAAAAUCAUCCCGCGAUUCUCAAUACAAUCAGCAACCGAGAGAUAGUAGCACUCCGGCGAGGAAGAGUUCUCACGAGGCGCUAUCGAGGAAUUCGGCGUUGAACGAGAGGUACUUUGAUAUAGAGAAAGUUCGCUCGAGGAGUUUGGAUAAUUUGCUGAGCGAACCGGAGCCGCCGUCGCCGUUGGCCGAUCUCGGUCUGAGUCAAUCCCGAUUGAAUGAUCGUUACCACUCGGUAGAACAAUUGGCCCCCAUCAAACCAGUCUUGGCUAAUUCCAAUUACAAGCAACAGGAGAUCGAAUUUGAAUAUCCCGAUGUGUCCAGCAUCAGCACCAGCAACAGAGGCGGACCCAGGUAUAUUAAAUCGCAGUACAGCGGGAAGAAGGCGCCGCCCGGAUCGCACUCUAGUCGGGCGCAAAUCGAGAAAUCCGAGUUCGGAGGUGUUCGAAGCUCGGCGAUGUCCGAUACCAGUGAAGCCCCUAGUCUGGCCAGUCACGUGAGGAGGGUGCGAGUACCCAGUCAGGCCUCUGACGUAGAUCAGUUCUUGGAUGAAUUGUUCAGUCCCGUGUUGGACGGCAAUUUGGAUGAACUGAGCGACGCCCGUUCUUUGGCUGCCAGCAUCAAAGGUGGACUAGGAUCUGAUAUUUUAGACGAUUUGGAUAUCGUAAAUCCUGAUUUGGAUAUGAGCGAUGCGAGAUUGAUUGUUUCGAAGAUUAAAGGUGGUGGAAAUAGGAACAGGAGCAACAGUCAGGGCAGUUCGAUGUUAGAUCAGGAAGUGGAAAACAUCACGCAAGGAACGAACAAUGAUGAGCGCCAAAGGAACGGCGGCGGCGGUAACGUCGACGAUUACAUAAGCGAUCUGUUCAGGCCGAUUUUCAUCAACGAUUCAAUCAAGAAUUUGACGGAGAAACAUAACUUGGUGGAGAGCAUCAAAGGAGGCGGAACCACGCAUCAACCGAAUGCCACCUCGAGUUCCGGGUACAAUUACAACGCGCCCGUCGUCAGUCCGCAGAUGAUGCCCAUGCUGGGAUCACCGCAAGAGAGUUUCAUGCCGAUGUUCAACAUGCAAUUGCCGCCGACCGGUGAUAUUGCUUCGUACCAGCAGAAUCUGCAGAGGGCCUUCCUGCAAUCCGCGAUGGCCCAGAACAUACAGAUUCAGCAGCAACUGUUGGCGCAGAACCAAGCGCUUCAACAGCUGCUAACCCAGCAGGCUUCAGACGCGGCCAAAGAGACGACCACCACGUCGUCGUCGUCGUCUUCGACGAUCACCACGACUGUUAAAGCUCAAAUCCAUCAAGCGCCUGUGAGUCCGAACCGUAAGACUAGUUUCAACAAAAACUCCAAUUUCAGCUCGAGAAAGAGCUCUUCGCCGAGUGAUUAUAAGAUCCGAAAGGCCAGCACCGAGUCCACUAUGAGUAAUAUGAGCAGCAGAGUACCGCCGCCGCCGCCCAUGCCACCGCCAUUGGACGGAAGUGAAUCGGAGGCAAGGCCGUUUUUGGAUCCGUAUGGAAGGGCGAAAACCGUGCGCAUCGGCAAAUGGAGAUGGCCUCCACCAAAAGACGGCACCAACGUUGAGAACGGUGAAGAUUUUAUGCAAUUCAAGUUGCGUCAACAUCACAGGAAAAUCACGCCGAGCAACGGACAUCCGUCCGGAGAAUGGGAAGAAAUAGAGUUCGAGUCCAUUAAAGAGCCGGAGAAGGUGUCGAAGUCUUCGUCGAAGCGCAGCUUCGACAUCGGCGCCAAUAGACCGUCACCUGGCAGCGUUGGUAAAUUGAAAUUGUCUUCGGAGAUGAGGCAAAGGUUGGAGCAGGUCACCGCCAAUCACUCGGUGCGCUCCACUUCGAGUAAAGUGGACAAACCGGCGAGGACAAUCAACAAGUUGGAAGACACCCGAAAGAUGAUGCUGGAGCAACAAUUGGCCGGACGUUGGGGCGAUUCUGUGGACGAGUCGAGUUCACCUCCCAGUCCGAUAAUUCCGCCUCAACCAAAAUCACCGACUCAAUCGAGUUGGGCUAGUUCCAGUUGGAAGCCAGGACCACCUCCGCCACCGAUAGGUCCUUUGCCUCCAGCACCGUCUGGUCCUGCGCCUCCACCACCGAUAAGACCUCUUCAGCAGCAACAUCAGCCGCAACAACAGCAGCAGCAGUCGCAACCGCCUGCUCCUGUUGAGCCUCGCGUCGAGUCCUUCAUGGCGCAGAGGCAAGAUCGUGAUACCUUCGGCGUGCAUCAGAACAGGAAUUCGAUGAUGAAUCUGAGUUCCAAACGCAACUCGUUCAGCGCCAAUUGGGACAUCCAGAGCUCCGUCACGCAGGACACGCAGGAGGAGGAAGAGAAAAUCAUCGAGACGAGCAGACGGGAUUCGUGGGACGAACCGGAUCUCGGCGAGAAACGCAGCAAGAUCAAUCCUCUGUUGAACGAUCGAUGGGAUCUCGAUCCGAAGCCGAAGAUGAUGAUGAUGAUGCAGCAGCAGCAGCAGAGCGAUACACCGUCGGAACGACCGACGUUCCGUACGCACCAAUUCAGCAAAGCGGAAAAGGAACGCGAGAAGAAACAUUCGGUCAGCACCAUCAACACCGAGAAGAUGGACGAGUGGCCGGAGUUCAUGAGACCCAUUAAAACGCCACCGGUCUCGAAGUCACCCGUACCAGAGAGCUCGCCGAAGACGGGAUCCAGACUACUGCCGUUGGGCGCGCCCGCCUGCGUCACGUACAACAGGGUUUCCUGGUUGCUGAGGGUCAGAAAGGAGGUCUUCACGCCGUCGGAACCUCUGGGGCCGCCGUCCACUUUGCAUUUGAUCUUCUGUCAGAUCGCUGCGGACGCGUUCGGUCUCACCACCUGCAUCCGUCUGAGCCAGAGCGAGAGACGAGCCGGCGUCGCUAUGCUCAACGGAUACGGCGUCACCUCCGACAAUUUCAAUACGCCGCAUCGCGCAAACAUCAAGAGGAACGUCAUAGACCUUGCAAGGACUUGGCCCCUCUACUUCUCCAGAUUCUUCCAGGUCUCCGGAGCCGCACAGCUAUCCGAGGUUCAGUUGCUCGCCGUCAGCCAUUGGGGUGUGCACCUGGUGAAAUCCGAUGGAGGUAAUCUGCAGGUGAUCCGUAGCAUCUCGCUGAGCGAGAUCUCGUCGUGCACGGCGCCGCGACCGACGUCGGUGAGCUUGGAGGGUCCGCAGGGUCGCGUCUCUCUGCACACGACCCGCGCCCAGCAACUCUCGGAGAUGGUCUCCAAGUACUGCGCGGAGAAUAGAAAGAUGCAGAGCAAGUCACCGGUGCAUCAGAGGGUGAUGUCGCCUCAAUCGCAUCCUUCUGGGCCGACGGGUGGAGGAGGAGGUGGAGGCCCGGUCGGUGCGACGUCGGGCGUGUCCAUGAUGAUGAUGCAAGAGCAGCAGCGCAUGGAGAUGUCGUCUUCGCAUCAAGCGCAGGGCAUGGAAAAUGUCCAUCACCAGGAGAGCAGCAGGACGAUGCAACGCAACAGCAUGCCGACAAAUUCGAGUCCGCAACCGCCCACCGGCAAAUACUCGCUCAUGCAGUUCGCCCUGCAAAACUUCAGGCAGAGCACAGAGUUGGAGCUACUGAAGAUGGACUCAUCGCUCAAGUCGAAGGAGAAGCGGAAGGAAUGGACCUGGAAGCAGCAGACGGAUCUGAUCAAGUGGCAGCAGAGUCCCAUCGAGGGUCCAUUGUUGAGGCACGAGGACCCGGAGCUCUCGAUGUUGGCGACCGAGUGCUUCGAGUGCAUCCUGCGGUACUGCGGUGAUCUCCCUCUGACACCAGAGAUGUCUGAAGUCAAAUGCGUUUACACCGUUCUCAUGCAUUGUCACAAGCAUUUCCCGUUGCGCGACGAAGUCUAUUGUCAACUGAUGAAGCAGACGACGAGCAACAAGUCGGAUUCGCCCGAGUCGUGCCAAAGGGCAUGGCGUUUGCUGUCGAUCAUCGCAGCGUACUUUGCGUGCUCCGACGUCCUGGGGCCCUUCCUUACGGAGCAUCUGAGCAGCGCGGCCUCGGACAGGAGGAGGUUGUGCCACGGUACGGCCGCCGUCUGCUUGUCGAACCUGAGGAAGACGCAACGGUGCGGCGGUAGAAAGAACGUGCCGUCCGUAGAGGAAGUGACGGCGGUGAGCGCGGGUCGCAGCGCCCGCAGGCAGAUCUACCGACUGCCUGGAGGUGCGGAGCGCGUCGUAAACACCAGGUGCAGCACCGUCGUCGCGGACGUGAUCAACGAACUGUGCGGUCUGAUCGGCGUAGCCGGCGAAGAUGAGCAGCAGGAGUUCAGUCUGUACUGCAUAGUGCAGGGUGAUGCGUUCACGAUGCCGCUCGCCGCCGACGAGUACAUCCUCGACGUAACAACCGAGUUACACAAGGCCGCGCAGCCCUUCUACCUGAUCUUCUGCCGAUCAGUGUGGUACCACAGUCUGAAACACGAUGCUAGUCCCCUUUACACCGAAGUGCUCUUCAAUCAAGUGGCGCCCGACUACCUGGAGGGUUUGCUGCUGCGGCUCGGCAACCCCAACCUGCCGCCUAGUAUUGUUCGCGACAUGGCGCUGAUCGCCGCCCUCCUACACAGGGCAGCCGAUCUGAAUCACUCGCCCAACCUGAAGGAAGUCAAAUUCCUGCUGCCGAAACCGGUCCUUGGUCUUCGCGAGCCCAGACCACCGCAGUGGUUAGCGCUGGUGCAAACCAGUUGGGCGCAAGCGGCACCGUUGACCGUCUCCAGGGCUAAACACCGCGUCCUGCAAGUGCUCUCCAAUUGGCAGCUGUUCGGCAGCUCGUUCUUCGCGGUGAAACGCGUGACCGGAGAGGUGGACGGUGGUGGCGGAGGUGCCGGGUGGCAGGAGCACAUCUUGGCGCUCAACAGGAACGGCGUUCACUUCCUCGACAUGACCACGCACGAGGCGCUGCAGCACUGGCCGUUCGCCGAGGUCAUAUCCACCAGGAAGGUGCGAUCAGAGGACGGCGCUCUCUUCCUCGACAUGAAGUGCGGCAAUCUGCUGCAGCAGAGGGUCACACGUCUGCAGACCGAGCAGGCGCAUGAAAUCUCCAGGCUCGUCCGGCAGUACAUCACGCUCGAGCAGGCGAGUGCCACCAGGAGUCCCAAGCAGUAAAUGAGAUUUUCAUUGAAAUUCGAUUUUUGUAAAUAGUUUUAUUACCAUUAAUUAAGUCCAUCAUAUUAUUAUUAUUAUUAUGUAUAUUGUACUGUAUUAUUAUUAUUAUAAUUAUUGAAUUCAUCGUUUGGUCCGAAUUCGAUUGUUUUCGGACAAAACGAAUUCGGCCCACCUCGAUCCUUAUUAUAUUUUAUUAUAUUAUGUAUAGAAGAAACGGACGGACGGACGGACGAAUCUCCAUCCUCUCCACUUUUAUUUUUAUUAUUAUUUGUUCUUCUUGCGGGCGAUCGGCGGUGGUGGUCAUACGAUAUACA